AUGAACGCAUACCCAGAUGACUACACCCUUCAUAACUUGCCCCUCCUGCUUGUCUCUGGUCUGGCUGACGGCAAUCAUUCGACUCCGGAACCAAGAAGUCGGACGUAUCCUUUUUUGCAGGAUGGCGGGUUCAUGAUCAGAAUAGAUGCUCCUAACGUGCGCGGGCCUCUAGCGGAGCAACUUCUCCAGGCAUUCAACUCACAAGACGCAUCGAAUGUCCCAUGGCACUCUCGAUCGGUGACUGCACGUAAUGGUAAGAUCUACAAGAUCGCAACUGUCGGACGGAUCUACACACUUCCGCCUCGUAAAGCGCCGCCGCCGCCUUAUUCUCCCCGUCUAUCGGCCACUGUUGCAAAUGGCAGCCCUCCUCCACCGCUCGUACUACACUCGCCGCUGUCUCCGUUGACACCUAUCUCGCCCUUGUAUGCUGACGGGAUAUUCUCUCCUUUGUGGAUUACGAAACACCAGUCUCGGAUACCUUGCGCAUUCCUGACAUGCUUCUCUCUCACGUCCGAUCCACAUACAAGCUCUUUGCACGACAAUAAGCUGAAGUCUGAGGUCGGUAACAUUCGCAGUGUGCUUUCUUCGACCAACUACAAAACCAAACUUGUGGUCAUUCUCAUUGGUGAUGGCUUCAUAAAUGCGUCUGACCUCGAAGAUCGUUGCUAUACCAUUCGUCGCUCAGGAGGGCUCGAUGGGAAGAGCAUCUUCUUUCUCCCCCACAAUGCUUCUGCCGUUGAGGUAACUGAAUUCGUCAGCUCCGUUCUUUCAACUCUGCACUCUCCCUGUGUAGAAUACUACCGCGAUCUCUCCAAACACUGCCGUCGAAAGCGCAAUCGAAAUGUUGUUCCGCAACCUACCAUACAGCCUGGAGUCUCACACGUAUUGCCUCUCCAAGGUUGGAAUGUCAGAUAUGAGUUCAAGCUUGGAGUUCUGGCGGAGUUCCGGCAAGAGAUGGAUGCUGCUUGUCGCAAUUAUGAGACUGCUUAUGACGCCUUGUUCAGUCCCGAGGUUAUCGAGACAAUCGCCGAUUGGAGUCCACGUUUCCAUGAAGCCAGAUCGCUGGCAGACGUCAUGGCGUUGCGCAUAAUCAGGUGUUUGUUAUGGGUUGAUCAAGGUACGACGGCUGUCAGAUCAUGGAUCGCCCACCGAGAAAGAGUCAGGGACUUUCUUGACCGUCGAGGUAAAGGGACUGACAACUAUGGGUGGGAGGCCUGGCAAAGUAACUGGGCAACCGUAAUGGCCGAUUUGGUUUCGAGGUCAGAAUACCCGUUGCUUAAUACCAAAAUGCAGGAUGUAGAUCUCCUUCCCAUCUUUGUUGCGGCUGAAAAAACCAGCCCGGUGGUCGAUCGCAGCACUCCUUGGGAGCUACUUCAUCAUGAAGGGUACUGGCUGGAUAUUGCGAGGAAGUGCACAGCUGCGCGGCGGAAGUGGGCUCUACAAAUUCCGGACGAGGAUCGACAGUCCCCUGGACGCUCCCCUGCAUCUAUGGUAGCAAGCAAGGCUCAUCUCUAUGAUACGUAUCUUGCUCUUGAACCGUACCGUGAGGUACCAACUGAUGGAAGUGAUGGAUACGAUCAUGCAUCGUCUAUCAUCUCCCAACUGGAAGACGCGAUCAAAUAUUUUUCUGAACGUGGCCAGCUACGCAAGGUUGAUCUUUUGCGACUUGAGCAGGCCCUGGAACACGUCCGAUCCGAGUCCUGGGCUGCGGCUAUUGAUAUGCUUCAGCCUCUAUGGCAGAAUCAACAGUGGAGGCGAUCAGGCUGGUGGCAGCUUCUACAAAAACUCGGCUGGUCUCUUUUGGAUUGUCUUUCUCAGUCUCAAAAUCCAGAGUUGCAUAUGCAGCUAUCAUGGGAACUCUUGAGCGGCGUCUUCGAAAGCAAGACUGGACCUGGCUUCGAUUUACAUGAAGUUCUUCGAAAUAUCAGUGCUGAAGGCUCGCCACAAUUUGCCGCAAUUGACAUGGAUCAAGCGUUAUCGCCUAUUUUCCCGUCCUUUGCUUUUUCAACCCACGAUGUAUUCGUUGGAGAGCCUCUGGAGUGUCAAUUGACAUUGCACUCAAAGGCACAAGAGACGCUUGCUCCCGUCAGACUCUCGGAGGUCAAGGUUGUCUUUGAGGGUAGUCUGAACCCUAUUUAUCUGGUCGCAGAAGAGGCUGGAGAGGCUGGAUCAAAUAUCACCGGCUCGUCUUCUGCUAACUUCCAGGAUGUCGUACUCCAAGACUCGAAUCUAGUUAAGAGGAUGUCUUCUGCUGGCGCCAUUGUCUCUCUUGCUGGAAAAGCUGAUUUGGUGAUGCCAUCGAGUUGCACCAAGAUUUUUCGCCUACGAAUCACUCCGCGUGAAGCUGGCGAUGUAGCGGUCGCUUCGAUCACCUUGCUUGUGAAUGGACCUAACUAUUCGCUUGCAGUCACCUGUUCUGACUUCGAACACUCUGUGGCCCAAUGGUGGGAAACGAAGAAUGGUAUACCAAUCCCACGACUCCUCGGCGAGGAGUCCAAUGCUUACAACAAGAUCACCGUACAACCCAAACCGCCAAAACUGCAAAUUGAAGUGCCAGGACUUCGCAGGGCCUACUACGCAAACGAAACGAUCGAGAUUGCAUUUGGUCUUCAGAACGACGAAGAAGAAGCUGCCAUGCUCUCUGUCACGGUUCGUAUGAUCAGUCCGGUGGAGGAUUCUGCGCGGAUAAGAUGGCUUGAUCCUGGAAUUCAGGAUGCGACAAAUUCAGAAACAGGGGUCCUGAUCUUGCCCCCACGAGACCUGGGGACAAUAGCGGCCAACGAAAGUACUACUGUAUCUGUCUGCAUCGAUGAAACAGUCGUUGCAGUCGAUCACGAAGUUGAGCUUGUUGCAACUUACACACUGGUUUCGGAACCCGAGACGGUUCUAACAAAGAGUCUGGCGAUUGAUGUCGUCGUAAUUCGUCCCUUUGAGGCGAAUUAUGACUUCGUACCACGUCUCGAUCUCGAGCCGUGGCCCAGUUUCUUUCAGGCGCCCCCAAUAGAGAGAGAUUCAUCAACACCUCUCGGCUUAAGACAUCGAUACUGGGUGACUGCAAAUCUCUACUCUUUUGCUGAUGAGCCUCUGACUAUCGAGGCUAUUAUUCUUACGGCAACUAAAGUUGAGGGAAGUGCGACGUGCUCAUCAACCACCGGCAUGGUAAGAAGACCCGGGAUGGAAUCUGCCCAGGACAAGGCAACGAUCUCAUCGUCGGUUUUGCCGGACCAGACUACAAUAUUUGACUUCGAGUUAUCUUUGCAGAAGGUAGUCCUCGGGGACCGCCAUACUGUUGGGGUCGACCUCGCCCUAGAAAUUGGCUGGCGGCGACAAGAUUCCAAUGGAGUCAACACCACGGUACUUGAGGUCCCCAAGCUAGUAGCUGCAAUGGCUGAACCGAGAGUGCUACUCACUGCUUCUCAAGCUACGUUGAGUGCCUCGGGGCCUUCAGUGCACAAGCUAGUGUUUACGCUUGAGAACCCGAGCAUGCACUUUCUCACCUUCAACGUCUCAUUAGACGCUGCCGAAGACUUUGCUUUCAGCGGUCCGAAGGCAUGUUCUUUAAGUCUCGUCCCCAUCAGUAGGCAAUCGCUCACAUACAGGAUCCUGCCAAACAAGAGAGAUAAAUGGGUCGAAGUGCACCUCAAUGUGAUAGACGCGUAUUUCGGACAGACAUUGAGAAUUCUGCCUGGCGGCGACGGCGUGAAGGUGGAUAAGAAAGGCAAGGUAUUCGUGAAGGUAUGA